AUGCGGGCUCGUGGAUUCUAUGCAAAAGGGCACUACUGGUGCAAGGUAGUGCGUACAGUUGGUGGUCUUUCAGGUGUAUGGUAUCACAACAACCUCAUCAAUGCAGGCAUUGCGACGUUGGAGAGUCGAGAAUUGGCAUCUAUAGGAGGGGCAGUGGCUGAUACACACUGGGUGAUGUACUCUCGAGCUCCUACAACUGCAGAGGCCUUGAUAAUAGAAACCGCAAAUGUCAAGAUCCAAAAAGAAUUUGGGGACAACCACGGAGGCGACCUGCCUUUUUCACAGCAAGGAUUGGAGUCUACCGCACCUCAAUUUCAACAAAGACCUCCUGAAAGAUUGGAAGCUGAGCAGGAGCAGGACGCUGUCGGUGUGGUGAGCGAGAAACUUAUGAAGGCAGUGGAAUUGCAAGAUUUGUUUUUGUCAGAUGUAGAGGUACAAUAUGAACAACCCCAAAGCGGAGCUGUCAAGGCUAAAGUCAAGGGGAAGAAACCGGCGCGCAAGAUUGGCAAACGGAAGGCUAAAGACAAUCUGACCGCCGAAGAGCGCGGCUUGGAUAGCUCCUCAGGCAACGAAAAUCCCAAAGAAAGUAAACGUAAGGAUUGUUCAGAUGGAAACGUAGAUGAAGAACACGCAGCCAAGAAGGUUAAGAAGAAUAAACGUAUUUAUUUGUCGGUUGAGAAUGUAGACGAGGAACAGGAGAAGAAGUGUAAGGUUGGUAACGCUGAUGGUUUGUCAUCAGAAGGAAACAAUAAACGACGAAAAGGUUGGAAAGGUUGGACCCUUGUUGAUGUGAAAGAGGUCCAGCCAAAAGAUUUGAAUGAGCCUGUCAAAGAGGGCAGCCAAGAGUCGAAGGCGAGUGGCAAGGUGCGGAAGUCCAAGCGUAAGAAGGAGAAGAUGUAG